GAAGUUGUGAAAGAAAGUUGCGCGUCUUCCUGGGAUCGGGAAUAUCUGCUUAGCAGGUUUUUUAUAAAUUGUUUUAGUUUGGUUCAUGUGGUUAUUGUGAGAUAAAAAAAAUAAUUUCUGAAAUGUCUAGAAAUCUUAUUCUAGAUAUGUAUCUCUUUGUAUCAGAAGAUAUAGCUGACUCCUGUCAAUUGAUUUCCUGAACUAUUCUGUCGUCAGAAAGAUAAUCGCAGUCAGUUAUUUGAAUUUCAAGCGGUAUACAGUUGGCUUAGUGCUGCUGUUUAUUCUGUUGUGUACUCUGAUUACGACCCUAUUACGGCAUGGCAAUGGAAUGCAUMAAGAACUGCUGCAAAACCUUCCUAGGCAAAAACGCUGAGAUCGAACAGCAAGUGAUUACAAUGAAGAUGCCCCCUGCCAGAGCGAUCUCAGGUGUCCCCAGGAAGGGUGUAGGGGUAUCAGAGGACUAUCUCCUCUCUAAACUCCCCCCGGAUGGAAAAGAGAUCCCCUUUGUCCUCCCCACGUUCAAACCAUCCUACAUCCAACCACGUGGAUCACGUUACCUCGGCUACCAGACACCAGGGCUACACGGUUCAGCCAGGAGCACUUAUGCAGAGAGGAAGGCGGAGCUGUCAGGGGCCAGUCACAUAGUCUAUAACCCCGACUCCUCCCCCAACAUGUCUCCCGGAACAACACGACACAGCAAUCUGAAAAAGAGUCUCCGGGGCUCAGAAUCAGGUGGGAAUAUAAAGACUGGGAAUCUGAGCAAAUCCAUGUUUGACUUGUCCAACUCCAACCCUCCCAGCCACAUACAG